UAUAAUUUAACCGCGGAAUAUUAUUAAAAUAAAAUUUCUAUGUUAAAAAUGGUGCAUAGAAUGAAAGAAUGGCAAAAAUUGGCUGUUCCAGAAAGAGAUUUACAAUUAAUAGGAACAUUAAACGGUGGACAAUCAUUUAGAUGGCAUAAACGGACUGUGGAACCCGAUGAAGAACAAUGGAUUGGGGUAUUUGGUAGUUGUUUAUGGAUACUGAAACAAACUAAUACUCAUUUGUUUUAUAAAGUUUUUGAAGCAGAAAAUUCGAAUGCAGGGAAGAGAAUUAAACGAAGUCCUUUGUAUUAUGAAAGCUUAUUAAAAUCAUAUUUUCGACUCGAUGUUGAUAUUCAAAAAUUAUAUCAUAAAUGGAGUGAAUGCGAUCCAAUAUUCAAAAAGGCUGCAGAAAACUUUUAUGGUAUACGAUUAUUGAAGCAGGAUCCAGUUGAAAAUUUAUUUUCAUUUAUUUGCUCACAAAAUAAUAAUAUUAAUAGGAUAACUUCUAUGGUUGAAAAAUUAUGUCAAUUUUAUGGAAAAGAAAUUUGUGAAAUCGAUAAUAAAAUAUAUUACGCAUUUCCAACGGUUGAUAAACUAGCUGAACCACAUGUAGAAUCAGAAUUACGUUCAGCUAAUUUUGGAUAUCGGGCCAAAUAUAUCACAAGUUCUGCCGAACAAAUUGUGAAAUUCGGUGGUACUGAAUGGUUUGAUGAAUUAGAAACAAUGGAUUAUAAACAAGCUAAAAGUAAAUUGUGUCAAUUGCAUGGAAUUGGAGCUAAGGUAGCCGAUUGUAUAUGUUUAAUGUCGUUAAAUCAUUUAGAAGCAAUUCCAGUUGAUACUCAUGUCUACAAAAUAGCGAUCGAAAAUUAUUUACCCCAAUUAAAGAAAAAUAAAACUGUCACAGAAAAAGUUUAUAAUGAUAUUGGUGAUCAUUUUCGUGAGCUAUUUGGAAACUUAGCUGGAUGGGCGCAUACAAUUUUAUUUUGCGCUGAUUUGAAAAAGUUACGAACAGACCUAAAUCAAAAAAUCACUAUGUAAUUAUAAACCAUACAUAAAAAUUUUAAUC